AUGGCGACUGGACUCACUGCCUCUUCGUCUUCUACUCAUCUCUUCCAUCGACAGUCCUCCACCAUGUAUCACAGCAAUCAGCCGCAAUAUAACUACUCUCCUCCCACUCACCACCAACCGCCUCCGCCAUCGUCCAGGUCGUCGGCAGAGAUAUCUCCUUCGACUCGUCCGCAUAGGCUGGCCGAUGUUCCAGUUUCUUCCCACCCUCCCAGCGUAAAGUCGCUGCCGUCUAUCCACGAGGCACUCGGAAAGAGCAAUCCUCUACCAUACCCUCACCCUCAGCCGUCAGUAUGCGGCCCCUCGCAGGCACCGGGUCACAUUGCGCCUUCAUCGAAUCUCAUGACUGGCCCAAGUGCGGAAGGGCCGAGUGGGCCAUCAAACCCGUUCUCGUCAACAAACUCCUCAGCCCCAUCCCUCCGGGAAUCCAUCCUUAACUCACAGCAUCACCCCUCUGCUCCAUCUCAGUCCGAAGGCUCGAUAAGGUCUCAGGACUCACAAACCCGCUCUAUACACUCCAUAGGGUCGGAGAAAUCGUCUACAAGGAGCUCGGUUGCUGACAGAACAUCAAUAUGUACCUCACAUGCACCUAGCUUUGACAUGCUAUCUACGAGCUCGACUGCCGUCUCUUCGCCAACUAGCUAUGUGUCGCCAGUGAGCUACAACCCGCCCUCCUAUUCAUCACACCGCAGUGUCCCUACUUCGCAAACUUUCCCUCAACCGUCCUUCGAAAACAGACCUGCCCAUUCGACAUGGAACUUUGGCACUUCCGACCAUACCUCAAUAGAGGGGGUAAAGUUGAUGCAGAAAAACAAUGGAGGACAAUACUGUGAUGAAGUCAAAAGACACCUUGAUGAUUACGACGUUCGCGCAUCUCUAAACGAGGUAUUUAAUUUCCCAUUCCGUCAUGUUGCUAGUUGA